AUGGAUGAUGACGAGGCCGGUGGUGGAGCUCCGUCUGAAGAAACGCCACUUGUCUAUCGUCGUGAUCGGCGGGAGUCAAACUCAAUCAUCUCAGCGUUGCGUCAUGUUGGCCACGCCGUCGAUAAUGCCAUAAACAUCUUCUCGCCUUACCAGCUGGCACUUAUCAAGUACACUUUGACAACAAUUUUUGUGCUUAUCACUGCAGUUGUGGCAUACCAUACGGCGGAUAAUGCAUCAGUCUAUGUAAAUGCAUUGAAGAGCGUAGACACGCCCAAUACACAGACUAUGACGCUUCGCUGGGAUGCACAGUUGCUUGGUUGGCUAAGUGCGCUCCUAUACCUGUCUUCGCGGAUUCCCCAGAUUUUUAAAAAUCAACAAACUAAGUGCGCUGGUUUAAGUCUUGCGCUUUUCAUUUUUGCCGUUGGCGGGAAUGUGACAUAUGUAUUGUCGAUUCUGCUCAUGGAUACAUCGACAGGUUAUUUGAUUGAAAAUGCAAGUUGGAUUGUUGGCAGUGUCGGGACCAUCUUUUUGGAUUUCAUCGUUUUGUACCAAUUCAUUAAGUAUGCACCUGACCGCCGCCGCAUUGAAGCUGGCUAUCCACAUCACUUGUAA